UCCCUUGGCGAACGCCCCGGGGUGCACUCCGUGGACAGCUUCCAGGGCUCCGAGGCGGACGUCGUGGUGCUCAGCGCCGUGCGCGCGAACGAUCGCGGGGCUGUGGGUUUCCUGUCGGACGCGCGAAGGCUCAACGUGGCGCUGACCCGCGCUCGACAG